AGAAUUUAAAAAGUUGUGAACCUUCACUUUUCAUCUAGAUUUGCAAACGAUUGCUUCUUCCUUCCACUAUAUAAAGAAAAAUAUCCAUCAUUCGCCCUUUGCGAUUGGUCAUCACUCGGAAUAACUCAUCCUGAGAACAACAUGUUUAAAACGGUAAUAUUCAUCUGUCUCGUAUCAUUAGCGUUAUGUCAACAAUAUUCUCGUCAAAGAGCCCCGCCACGACAACCGAUUCCAGAGUACGAGGCUGACUACGAUGACUACCAACCUCGCUCGCAACCUCCCCCACCCCCUCCAGCACGAGUGUCACCAAAUUCCGUCAGACUGAGACCAGCCUCAGUACAUUAUGUCAACAUCGGCACAGAAUUAGCUGGCGAUUACAAGUUUGGGUACGAUACUGGAAAAGGAGAUGAUGGUCAAAGCUUUCGAGAAGAAACUAGAUUACCAGAUGGUACCGUACAGGGUGCCUAUGGUUACGUGGACGAAGCUGGUGUACAACGUAUUGUAAAAUACACAGCUGGUAAAGAUGGUUUCAAAAUAAUCAAAGAUGGCGAAGAGGGUUCGCGACGAGCUGCUUCCCAAGCUUCUCCACAGCAGCCACCAUCUCAACCAGCUAGAGCAGCACCAUACGUUCCUCCCCCACAACCAACCAGAGCACCAGCAUAUGUGCCACCACCUCAACCAGCCAGAGCACCAGCAUAUGUGCCACCACCUCAACCAGCCAGACCUCCAGUUCAAAAUUAUGCUCCAGCUCCACAACCUGCUAGACCACGCCCAGUUCAAAGACCUGAGCCUUCUUACAGAGCAGAACCUGUUUACAGGCCUGAACCAGUACCACAAAGAGCAUAUGCCCCUGCACCUCAAAAACCAUCAAAAAGGCAAUAUACUCCAAGAAAACCUAUCCCUGAAGAUGAACCUGACUAUGACUAUCCAGAUAAUGACAUUCAAGAAAGGCGAUUGGUAGUUGUGGACACUACUUUAUUUAAUUACAAUAUAGGAAGCAACAAUAACUAAUUAAAGUGAUUUUUAAAUAAUGUGACCAUUGGUUAGAUGCUACUGUGAAAUCAGGAUAUAUUUUGGAGAAAAUAAUAGGACGGAUGGAAUCCUUUUUAAUAGUGACCAAUGACAAUGAAUAAUGAAAAUAAAUAUACGUUGUAGAUAGUUUGAA